AUGGCCACAAACAUCGAUGCUGAGCAAGCUGUAAAUGCCGAAGAGUUUGCAGUGAAAGCUGUUGAACAAGCUCAAAUCUACUGGAGUCUUUUGGGCAUGCGUAAAGGAAGCGAGUUACGUCUCACAAAAUAUGAUGAUGAAAUUUUUGAAGACUUGAAGAAGACUUUUCCCGAGUUUGAAAACCCCAAGACUGUUGAAUUCGUCAAUGAGGAGGAAAUGAAGUCUCCCAAAGGUAAAGCAGCUUGGCGCCCUUUUAUGAUGCGCUACCAAAAGAAAAUCGAUGAUUAUAAUUUUGGUACCUUACUCCGUGUGCGCAAUACCGACGAAUAUGGACAGGAUACUACUAUCUUUGUUCCUCGUAUGCAAUUCUUUGCUUUCGAGAUUGCUCGUAACAAGUACGGAAUGAAUGACUGGGUCUACAAAAAUUAG